GUCACUUUUGGCGACGAUAUGGCCGACGAGGUUGCUGCACCGUCGCCGCCAUCGACGCCGCUGCCGAUGGGCACGUUCACCAUAGCGCUCGGCCAGCUCGUGCUGCCAGCACUCGCCGCGCCACCCGCCGAGAGUGACGCGCCGCCUCUGUCCUUUUGGUGCGAGGUGAGCGUGCGCAUGGGCAAAGACCUCAACACGACGUGGUGGUACCCGUCCAGUGACGAGCACAAGCGCAAGGUCGCGACCAACGUGCUGCAGCUCUCGCCCGCAUCGGACAAUAGCGAGCCACCUUCGUUCGGCUUUGCGCAGGCGUCGCCUCCGUUCGUGCUCAGCGACGACGGCCUGAUCCUGCAGCUCGCCAAGGCGAGCGUGCACCUGGAGCUCUACAGCGGCUACACGCGCGAGCGAGAGACCGAUGUGCUUCUCGGCGCGGCCUCGUGGGCCUUCUUGCCGAGUCUGUUUCUUGGCGUCCCGUCGACGACGCGGCUCGCCUUCCCCGCUGCGUUCGUCGAGUGCACACUCGCCUUUGAUAUGGGCUUUGUCUCGCACUUUCAGCACAUGAAGGUACUCGCCGUUGCGUCCGUGCAGGUGUAUCGACUCCCGACCGAGUGGCGGCCGGUCCCCAAGGACGGCGACGACCCGGAAAAGCUCUGCGACGAAAAUACCACCAAGUUCUCGUUGGCUCUGAAGCUGCCCGUUGUGCUCUCGUCGGCGGCGCCCGAGACGACAUUUACGCUGGACGGCCGCCUCAGCUACGACGCGACGGCGACCGACCCGGACGCCGCCUGGCUCGUGCGCUUCCCGCUCGAGAGCCCCCUCAUCCUGCCGCUCGACAAGGAAGGCACGGAUGCGCUGGUGGACGCGAUCGAGUCGGGGCGACUUGUCACAAUGAGUCUCACACGGACACUGGGCACCGACGUAUGGCAGGCGACUGCACAGCUCGCAUUGGACGGUUUUCUGACGCCGGGUACUUUGAGCAUCGCGCUCCGUGAGCCGCUGCGCAAAGGCACUGCACCGGCGCGGGAAACCCUCGAAGAAGCGCUGACCAAAGCUGCCAACAACGAAGAGAAGAAGAAAGCCCAGGCGGCGCUCAACGAUUACGAGAACCUCUUGACGCGCAUCGCAGGCCAUGCGGCGAUCUACGUCAGCGCCGGGUCGGCGGCAUCGCUUGAGGCGACUAUCUACCCGCAGGCCCUCGUACCGCUACCACCAGUGCCGCUUCCACCGACCAAGUCCAUGGCCGAGUACAUUCCUCCGCGACCGCCGCUGCCGGCAUAUCAAUCCCACGAAGCAACCGCGACGAUGCGCAAGGAAGUGCGCAAGAUCUUGUCCAUUCUCAUGAAGGAGUACGACGGUCUCUUCGCCGUGCCCGACGACUCGGACGAGUAUACGCUCUCCAAGGAAGACCGGCGCCACAAACUGCUCUUCCAUCUCAACGCCAACGGCAUUUACUUUGAGUUUAAAGAGAAACUCAAAAAGGCCCUUGUGCUCGUCAUCCGCGAGCGCUUUCCCGCGAUCGUCGCGGCGUUCCCGUCCCACGGCGACCCAUUGGGGGCCGCCGAGAACGGCGUGCGCCAAGCCAAGACGGCCUUUUACGCCGAGCUCUACGCGUACCUCAUGGAGGAGGUCUCUUCUCUCUAA